AUGGCGGAAAACAAAGGCGGCGGCGAGGCUGAGAGCGGCGGCGGGGGCAGCGGUAGCGCGCCGGUGACUGCCGGGGCCGCCGGGCCCGCGGCGCAGGAGGCGGAGCCGCCUCUCGCCGCGGUGCUGGUGGAGGAGGAGGAGGAGGAAGGCGGCAGGGCCGGCGCGGAGAGCGGCGCGGCUGGGCCCGACGACGGGGGGGUGGCCGCGGCCUCCUCGGGCUCGGCCCCAGCUGCUUCAGCCCCUGCAGCCUCAGUGGGCCCUGGAGUUCCCGGGGGGGCGGUAUCGACGCCAGCCCCAGCUCCGGCCUCGGCUCCUGCUCCGGGUCCCUCGGCGGGGCCGCCUCCCGGACCGCCAGCCUCGCUCCUGGACACCUGCGCCGUGUGUCAGCAGAGCCUGCAGAGCCGGCGUGAGGCGGAGCCCAAGCUGUUGCCCUGUCUUCACUCCUUCUGCCUGCGCUGCCUGCCUGAGCCCGAGCGCCAACUCAACGUGCCCAUCCCGGGGGGCAGCAACGGCGACAUCCAGCAAGUUGGUGUAAUACGGUGCCCAGUAUGCCGCCAAGAAUGCAGACAGAUAGACCUCGUGGAUAAUUAUUUUGUGAAAGAUACAUCUGAAACUCCUAGCAGUUCUGAUGAGAAAUCAGAACAGGUGUGUACUAGUUGUGAAGACAAUGCAAGUGCGGUUGGCUUUUGUGUAGAGUGUGGAGAAUGGCUUUGUAAGACGUGUAUUGAAGCUCAUCAAAGAGUAAAAUUCACUAAAGAUCACUUGAUCAGGAAGAAAGAAGAUGUCUCAGAGUCUGUUGGAGCAUCUGGUCAGCGUCCUGUUUUCUGCCCUGUACACAAACAAGAACAGUUGAAACUUUUCUGUGAAACGUGUGAUAGACUGACAUGUAGAGACUGUCAGCUAUUGGAACACAAAGAACAUAGGUAUCAGUUUUUGGAAGAAGCUUUUCAAAACCAGAAAGGUGCAAUUGAGAAUCUACUAGCUAAACUUCUUGAGAAGAAGAAUUAUGUUCAUUUUGCAGCUACUCAGGUGCAGAAUAGGAUAAAAGAAGUAAAUGAGACUAACAAACGAGUAGAACAGGAAAUUAAAGUGGCCAUUUUCACCCUUAUCAAUGAAAUUAAUAAGAAAGGAAAAUCUCUCUUACAGCAGCUAGAGAAUGUUACAAAAGAAAGACAGAUGAAGCUAUUACAGCAGCAGAAUGACAUCACAGGCCUUUCCCGGCAGGUGAAGCACGUCAUGAACUUUACGAACUGGGCAAUUGCGAGUGGUAGCAGCACAGCGCUACUGUACAGCAAGCGACUGAUUACUUUUCAGUUGCGCCAUAUUUUGAAAGCACGGUGUGAUCCUGUCCCUGCUGCUAAUGGAGCAAUACGCUUCCAUUGUGACCCUACAUUUUGGGCAAAGAAUGUAGUCAAUUUAGGUAAUCUAGUAAUAGAGAGUAAACCAGCUCCUGGUUAUACUCCUAAUGUUGUAGUUGGGCAAGUUCCUCCAGGGACAAACCACAUUAGUAAAACCCCUGGACAGAUUAACUUGGCACAGCUUCGACUUCAGCAUAUGCAACAGCAAGUGUAUGCACAGAAACAUCAGCAGUUGCAGCAGAUGAGGAUGCAGCAGCCACCUGCACCCGCACCAACAACAACAGCAACAACACAGCAGCACUCCAGACAAGCAGCCCCUCAGAUGUUGCAGCAACAGCCUCCAAGAUUGAUCAGUGUGCAAGCAAUGCAAAGAGGCAACAUGAACUGUGGAGCUUUCCAAGCCCAUCAGAUGAGAUUGGCACAGAAUGCUGCCCGAAUACCAGGGAUACCCAGGCACAGCGGCCCUCAGUAUUCCAUGAUGCAGCCACACCUCCAAAGACAACAUUCAAACCCAGGUCAUGCUGGACCCUUUCCUGUUGUGUCAGUACAUAACAACCCAGUCAAUCCAACCAGCCCUACUACAGCUACUAUGGCGAAUGCAAAUCGAGGUCCCACCAGCCCAUCUGUUACAGCAAUAGAAUUAAUUCCCUCAGUUACCAAUCCAGAAAACCUUCCAUCGCUGCCAGAUAUUCCACCUAUACAGUUGGAAGAUGCUGGUUCAAGUAGUUUAGAUAAUCUACUAAGUAGAUACAUCUCAGGCAGUCACCUACCCCCACAGCCCACAAGCACCAUGAAUCCCUCCCCAGGACCCUCUGCCCUAUCUCCAGGAUCAUCAGGUUUAUCCAAUUCUCACACACCUGUGAGACCCCCUAGUACUUCUAGUACUGGUAGUCGAGGCAGCUGUGGGUCAUCAGGAAGAACUGCUGAGAAGAACAGUCUUAGUUUUAAGUCUGAUCAAGUGAAGGUCAAGCAAGAACCUGGCACUGAGGAUGAAAUAUGUAGCUUUUCAGGAGCUGUGAAACAGGAAAAGACUGAGGAUGGCAGACGGAGUGCCUGCAUGUUGAGCAGUCCUGAGAGUAGCUUGACACCACCUCUUUCAACCAACCUGCAUCUAGAGAGUGAGUUGGAUGCAUUAACAAGCCUGGAAAACCAUGUGAAAACUGAACCUGCAGAUAUGAAUGAAAGCUGCAAACAGUCAGGGCUCAACAGCCUUGUUAAUGGAAAGUCCCCAGUUCGAAGCCUCAUGCACAGGUCAGCACGGAUUGGAGGAGAUGGCAGCAGCAAAGAUGAUGACCCAAAUGAAGAUUGGUGUGCUGUCUGCCAAAAUGGAGGGGAUCUCUUGUGCUGUGAAAAAUGUCCAAAGGUCUUUCAUCUAACUUGUCAUGUUCCAACACUUCUUAGCUUUCCAAGUGGGGACUGGAUAUGUACAUUUUGCAGAGAUAUUGGAAAGCCAGAAGUUGAAUAUGAUUGUGAUAAUUUGCAACAUAGUAAGAAGGGGAAAACUGCACAGGGCUUAAGCCCCGUGGACCAAAGGAAAUGUGAACGUCUUCUGCUUUACCUCUAUUGCCAUGAAUUAAGUAUUGAAUUCCAGGAGCCAGUUCCUGCUUCGAUACCAAACUACUAUAAAAUUAUAAAGAAACCAAUGGAUUUAUCCACCGUGAAAAAGAAGCUUCAGAAAAAACAUUCCCAACACUACCAAAUCCCAGAUGAUUUUGUGGCUGAUGUUCGUUUGAUCUUCAAGAACUGUGAAAGGUUUAAUGAAAUGAUGAAAGUUGUUCAAGUUUAUGCAGAAACACAAGAGAUUAAUUUGAAGGCUGAUUCAGAAGUAGCUCAGGCAGGGAAAGCAGUUGCAUUGUACUUUGAAGAUAAACUCACAGAGAUCUACUCAGACAGGACCUUCGCACCUUUGCCAGAGUUUGAGCAGGAAGAGGAUGAUGGUGAGGUAACUGAGGACUCUGAUGAAGACUUUAUUCAGCCCCGCAGAAAACGCCUAAAGUCAGAUGAGAGACCAGUACAUAUAAAGUAAAAUGACAUGAACAUAAACCAGUUGUUCAAAAAAGAAAGAAAAACUUCUAUUUAAGUGUUGCUGGAAUAUCCUGCCUACAGUGGGCUCCUUCUUGAAGAAGCUGAUAGCUUUUACACAGUAUUAGAUUGAAAUAAUGGACAGAAAACACAUUCUGGUCAAGAAAGGGGGAAAGGACUCUAUUUGCAACUUUAAAAGUAAAAACAAAAGUGAAAGUGAAAUGAUUUGAAGAUUUCUGUUACUCAGAGAAUGGUUCUGAUUGCUAGAAUGGGCUGAUGUUGAUCAUUUGGUAUUGAUUGGUGCAAAUACAGAGUGUUCAAGUACUUAAGGGUCAUGUCACUGGUUAAAUUGUCUCUUUGGACUAGAGUGCACAUUUACUAAAACAACUUUCAUGUCUCUCCCUUCACACAUAUACAAUACUGGGUUAUUUUCUAGUCAAAAAUCAAAGUUCUCAGAUUCCACUUUGAUAUUAGUGCAGAUGUGCAUUGGAUCAUGCCAUUAUAUUUUCUCUUGUUUUGAUGCUGUUGGGCCUUAGUUUUUAUAUUGGUUUAAAGAAUUCAACAGUAGUUUUAUUUUCUGUUCAUACUUAAAGAAUUUGGGAAACAUGCCCAUUGAUCAUCAUUUAAUCAAUUCUAGUGUUCUACUGAAAUAAAUAUGGUAACUUUUCAGUAGCAGAUCAUUUAUAAUAGUCAUUUACAGAAAACACUUCCACAGAAUUGCACUUCCCAAUCAAAUCAUCUGAUCACACAUUUAUUCCCAUGAAAGGUAGAAUGGUUGUUUGAAAAUUAAUCUAGUUUUCUGUACAUUUAAAAUUUGAUUGAGGUGACAGCUGGCUCUUACCCCGUCUUCCUUCAUAUCGGUUUUCUGAUAGACCACUAUUGGCAAACAGUUAUCUGUCAACUACCAAAUGUGUAAAAUUUUCUGUAUUUCACUUUGUCUUAUUUGUAAAUAGUGAACUAAAACUUCUGGCAGAUCAGCAACAUUUGCUGAGCCUGUUUUUUAAGCUAAUAUGUAUUCUUACUAAUGUUCCUAUCAAGAAUGGAUUUGUAAUAUAUGCUGUCUAUUUCUAAUGUUCACAUUCAUAUUUUGAGGUUCUAUCUUAUUUUAAUAGAGAACAGACUUCUCAGAAAAUCUUCAGAAGCAGCUUAUUAUUAAAAUAUCGAAAUAUUGAAAUAAACCCGGUGGGGUUAGAUUACUCAUCCGUCCACCAAGUGGGACAUUUGCAUGGACUAGGGGCUUUAAGGACUUAGAACAGACCUGUAAGUAUAUCCUGAAGAUGAGCCGAUCAAAUCCCCACUUGAAUGGUUACUGGAGUAGACCCACCUUCACUACCCUGAUUUUAGCACCCGAGGCAGAUAAAAUCACCUUGGCUCUGUUCAUUUUUCUUCUCUUCAUUUGUGAUGCUCAGAUCCAAGAUGUAUGUUCUAGACUGUGUACAGGCUUCUCUUUUGUUGAGUUAAAAAUUUUAGUCCUACUUUUGUAUGGACAUAUUAGAAUGUAAAGUGACCAAAAUAGAAGACUUGCCAUUAGAUAUUUUUCAGAUGUCAGCAGAUUUGUGGCAAAUCAUUUGCCUUUUUAAAAAUUCAGCUUAAACAGUUCAGACAGUAGACUACUCAGAAAAACUUAUUUGACAUAAUUGUCUAAGAGGUAAAUAUUUUUUAGUGCGUAUUGAAUCAAAUAAAGUGCUCUAAAGAAGUUA